AUGGUCCCCAGGUCGAGUUCUGCUUGGCUCACAUUAUCAGGAGAGGCAAUGGCUUCCAAAGCUCCCAUAGCCUAUCUCUACUCUCCAAUACGCUGCUCGUCGUUUAGUUCUCCGGUAUUGAGAUGCUUCGCCCCCUCAAUUCCAUCGCGCUACGCCUCCGGUCUGAGCAUAAGGGGCUCUAGAGCCCGAGACCAACCAAAAGAAAAAAAGAAGCAACGCACGGAGUUUAAAAAUCAGAGCCUUAGCGAUGCACUCCAGUUUUCUCUCUGUGACGCGAUGCGCUACAUCCGCGCCUUUGAAGUAGGCCGGAAUCCUACCUCUGCUAAAUACGAUCUUGCCGUUAGACUGCGCACCACAAAGAAUGGGCCAGCUGUCCGCAAUCGCCUACGCUUACCCCACGCCGUCGAUACCUCCCUCCGCAUCUGCGUGAUCUGCCCUCCUGACUCCCCUGCUGCUUCCCAAGCAAGGAAGGCAGGCGCAACACUUGUGGGUGAGGAAACGGUCUUUGAUGCCGUAAAGGAAGGACGCAUCGAGUUUGACAGAUGUAUAUGUCAUAUAGACUCAGCUCAGAAGCUCAACAAGGCGGCUUUGGGAAAGAUACUCGGACCAAAGGGCCUGAUGCCAAGCUCGAAGACUGGAACUAUUACGAAGGAUAUUGCGGGGACAGUAAAUGGUUUGGUGGGUGGGAGCGAGUACAGGGAGAAAUUAGGAGUGAUAAGGUGUGCCGUCGGACAAUUGGGAUUCACACCAGAUGAGAUGCAGCGAAACGUUAGAGCAUUCGUGGGAGAGAUCAAGAAGGACCUGGCGGUGCUGAGUGAUCGGAUUUCGAAGGAUAUACAUGAAGUGGUCUUGAGCUCAACCAAUGCGCCGGGUUUCACUCUCAAUGGAGAUUUCAGGGGUCCUGAAAGCCCGCCGACAUGCGAUCUUGCUGUACUAUAA